AUGUUAAACCAAUGAACCACGUACUUGAGGCGUGUUGGCUUUACACACACCUCAGUACACGUCAUGGCGACUGACUUUUAAAAUUAAACAAAUUAAAUUGAGUGUUGUUUUCUCCAAGUUUUUAUUCUGGGAAUAUUUCGUUUUUUAAUUUAAAAGAUCUAGUUGAUAGUUGUAGUCUAGAUUCUAGUUGUCAAGCUAAGAAGAGAAAAGGAAACAAUAUCUAAAUCUAGAGCUAGAAUCUAGAGAUCUAGACUUCUAUGUCAUGUGGAGACUUGUGCGGAGUUUGUUUGGAAAAUAAAAUAUUGCUAGAUCUAUUCUGUGCAUCAACUGACCAUCGUCUGUCAUCUGACCAUUGUAACGUGUCUGACUGUCACCUAACCAUCUGACAGAGAGCUAUGGGCAGGGCGUGGAGCAACAAAAGUGUCCUCAACUAUGUCGUGGUUGCUGUCGUUGUCGUCAUCGGAUACAAAGUUUUGUUUGGAGGUCCAGCAAAGAAAAGUGCCAACCCUUUCCGUGACACGAGGGUGGAGCACCCAAAGAACGUGAAGCCCCGCCCACUAGAUGACGCUGUGAUUUAUGAGUCAAGAGACCAGGAUGUAGCUAAAGAUGACCCAGAUCAGAAAGAGGCUGGAAAACCUAACAUUGAUGUUGGCGACAUCCCUAAAGACCUUGAUGAUGACACUUUAGAUGACUUGAAAAAUCAGAAAGAAAAGAAAGCUGUGAAAGACCAGUUUGAGAAAAGGAGUAAGCAGCCGGUCGAGAAAAAAGUUUUUGGGGAGGACGGGGUCGACUGGCAGCUGGAGGAGGAGAUGACCAAGAGGAGGGCGUCGUUCUUUAAAGAGGUUGCAGACAGGGAGGUACAGGUCACGGAAAAUGAGAUGCUGGGUGCCCAUGAGAGCCACGACAAUUUUGCCUUUGUGACCGCUGGAUCCCACUCCACCUAUCCGGCCACCAUCCAGUUCAUCUACUCCGUGCAGUACUUCUACCCUGAGAGUCCCAUAGCUAUCUAUGACAUCGGACUGACAUCAGAUGAGAAACUCUUUAUCAGCUCACUGUGCAACACGGAGGUGGUCAGUUUGUGGCUACAACUGUGGCCAGAGUCGCUGUACAAGAACAGACAUCGGGUGUGGAGGCCCAUGUUGCUGCAGUUUGCUUUGGCCAAGUAUGGUCACUUGGUGUAUGUUGAGCCUGGACGAUACGUCUUUAAACAAGGCAUCAAAGAUUUCAUUCAUCAAAGUCGUGUUCAUGGGCUGGUCUUUGGUGGAACUCAGUUAAAAUACAGCACCUAUGUGGUGACCAACCCACACACCUUUACAUUCAUACCUAUCAAUGAGAAGAAACUCCAGAAAGUUCCACAUUUUGACUUCAACCUGAUUGUCAUUCACAAUUCCGGCAAGGUGAUCAAUUCCUUUAUAAGGUACCUGAUCAGCUGCGUGAUGGAGGAGUACUGCAUCUCACCGCCAGGGUCCAAGCCCAGCUGCGACAUAGCACCAGACACAACCAAACGUUACGCCCGCUGCCAUCGUUACGACGAGUCAGUCAUCAACCUUCUGAUGAACAAGUGGCAUGAGUACAAGCCCAGGGAGUACCUGAUCAAAGACUCCAUCACCAAGUAUUAUGAUGGAAAAGAUUUGACCAAAAGGGUCAGUGUGUGUAACCACAAGAAGGAUGAGGUGUAAAAAUAAAAUGUUUUUUCUUUUCU